CAAAGAGAACGGACCAAUUUUAAAUUUCGAAAAAAACACAAAUCGGCGCGUCAGAGAUAUUUAGGGAAAUAAUAAAGGUAAAACAUAAAGAAAAUUAUAUACCCGUUGUUACUUUACUUACCUCUGCUUGGCAAAAAGUUAAAAACCCAUCCUCUUCACACUCUUUCCACUCUUUUCUUAUUCACUUCAGAAAACCCUAGAUCUCUCCCUCCUCCCGAUUUCGAUCCCGGAUCCGGCGAAAUCCCCAGCGUCGUCUCCGUCCCACUUCAUCUACCGAAAAUGCGUGAGAUCCUUCACAUCCAAGCUGGCCAGUGCGGUAACCAGAUCGGUGCCAAGUUCUGGGAAGUGGUCUGCGCCGAGCACGGCAUAGAUCCAACCGGUCGUUACACUGGAGACUCAGAUCUGCAGCUCGAGCGCAUCAACGUGUACUACAAUGAAGCUAGCUGUGGUCGAUUCGUCCCUCGCGCUGUUCUCAUGGAUUUGGAGCCUGGAACCAUGGACAGCCUCAGAUCUGGCCCGUACGGCCAGACUUUCCGUCCCGAUAACUUCGUUUUCGGCCAAUCCGGUGCCGGUAACAACUGGGCGAAGGGCCAUUACACUGAAGGAGCCGAGCUAAUCGAUUCCGUCCUCGACGUUGUUCGUAAGGAAGCGGAGAACUGCGACUGCCUCCAAGGGUUUCAGGUUUGCCAUUCAUUGGGAGGAGGAACUGGAUCUGGCAUGGGAACACUCUUGAUUUCCAAGAUCCGUGAGGAGUACCCUGAUCGAAUGAUGCUUACGUUCUCGGUGUUCCCUUCACCGAAGGUCUCUGACACUGUCGUUGAGCCUUACAACGCUACUUUGUCUGUUCAUCAGCUUGUUGAGAAUGCAGAUGAGUGCAUGGUUCUUGACAACGAGGCUCUGUACGACAUUUGCUUCAGGACUCUGAAACUCACAACCCCAAGCUUUGGUGACUUGAACCAUUUGAUAUCUGCUACAAUGUCUGGUGUCACAUGCUGUCUGAGAUUCCCUGGUCAGCUAAACUCCGACCUCCGUAAGCUUGCUGUGAAUCUGAUUCCUUUCCCUCGUCUUCACUUCUUCAUGGUUGGAUUUGCUCCUCUCACCUCAAGAGGAUCUCAGCAGUACCGAUCCCUCACGGUCCCUGAACUCACUCAGCAAAUGUGGGACUCCAAGAACAUGAUGUGUGCUGCUGACCCAAGACACGGGCGCUACCUCACAGCCUCAGCGAUGUUCCGUGGCAAGAUGAGCACGAAGGAAGUCGACGAGCAGAUGCUGAACGUGCAGAACAAGAACUCGUCCUACUUCGUUGAGUGGAUCCCCAACAACGUGAAAUCAACGGUCUGUGACAUCCCACCAACGGGUCUGAAGAUGGCUUCCACUUUCAUUGGCAACUCAACGUCGAUCCAAGAGAUGUUCAGGCGUGUUAGCGAGCAGUUCACGGCUAUGUUCCGGAGGAAGGCUUUCUUGCAUUGGUACACGGGUGAAGGAAUGGACGAGAUGGAGUUCACAGAGGCGGAGAGCAACAUGAACGACCUUGUCUCAGAGUACCAGCAAUACCAAGAUGCGACUGCAGAUGAAGAAGGCGAGUACGAGGACGAGGAAGAAGGAGAAUACCAACAGGAAGAAGAGUACUGAAGUACCAGCAAUACCAAGAUGCGACUGCAGAUGAAGAAGGCGAGUACGAGGACGAGGAAGAAGGAGAAUACCAACAGGAAGAGUACUGAGCGUAAGUUUGCUGUACCACCUUAAAAAAAAACAAUUUAGUCAUUUGCUGUUUCUUACUUUGUUUCCUUUGAAAAAAGAAAACCUCAACCACACCAGUUGCAGGUUUUUUUUUACUGACGAACUCUGGAUCUGGUUGACUUAUGUGUGUUUUGUGUACUUUUGACCUUAAAUUCGGUUCUGUCUUCGUAUUUCCCUCUUUUUAUUUCUUUUUUGAAGGCAAAAAUAUUAUAAUUUAAAAUAUCCAAAAAUAAAACAAUAGAAAGGAAAUUUCGCAAAUUCCUGUAAUCCUGUUAGGUUAAGUAAGGAUUUGCAUUGAAGCACCAAUCUCUAUACGAUGAGACCGGUCUACAUUCCUCUGGAUCUCCAGAUCAAUACACUAUGAAGGUUGCCUGUAAAAUUUCAAUAGCGUCUCCAGGGUUUGGUACUCAAUCAUCACCUAUUGAGAUUUCAGGAACCGGCACAUGAAUAUUGCAGCCUCAUUGCUUUUUUCAGACUUUUACGGAGAAGAGAUUCUGGUAGCCUCGUUGCCUAACCUUUAAAGUUUAUAUAUUAGGCUUGAAACGUUCAAUAUCACCGAUUUCCCAGUCCUUUAAAGCUUGGAUGUUAGGCAAAGUACUAAGCAAAGUUGUACCAAUAGGUUAUGAGAAUAUGUGGCUUUCUACAGUGUGGGCUCGUACGGAUAAAACUUUGAUCAACUAAGGAGGAAAAAUUGGUGUGGUUGAGAAUCCUCGUGAGGGCACCUUUAGAUUAUGGACUCUGGAAGAUGCUGAGAAAAAGGAAUGGUCUAUCAACACUUUUCAUCUUCCUGAAUCUGCUGCUGGCCUUGACUUCAAGGUCAUGGAUACCUUUCAUAACGGCGAGAUUUGUCUGGUUCCAAAAGAAUUGCCUGAUCCUUUUUGUCUUUGCUAUUACAAUUUGGGGAAAAAAGCAUGAGAAGUGUCAUAAUUGAAGGACGGCCAGUUUCCAAAUUUAAGCGAGCACAAGAUUUUUCUGUGACGGUUUCAGAUCAUUAUGAGAGCCUCAUGUUUUUAUAAGCAUCAAGUUGAUUUUUAGGGAUUUUCUUUAUAUAAAUUCACUUUUGUUAGUUUACUUUAACAAGUAGUACAAUGAUUCAAAGUUAAUUUUCUUUUUGGUUACUGGGGUUUCUUGAAUCAUUUCAUGAUAGAGUUUACAAGGGAUCAAAUAAGAACAACAUACAACGAAAUAACACGUCAAAAUCCCAAGCACGAACUAUGUUUUAGGAGGAGAGAAGGAUCAUGUAGCACAACAUACACCAGAGCUAUUCAUAUCAUUGCGGAAAUUGACUAGCGUGGAGACCAC